AUGCUUUCGUCACAGACACGAUUUACGUACAGACUGACAUGGCUGAGGGGUUACGGGCCCUGUGGACCGGGAUGUACCAACACUUCCAUCGGAAAACUGACAACAGGUCGCGCUCCGUUCGACUCUACGUUCUGGCAGACAACAGGUGUUGGUCACAUGGCAGACCUUAAUUACGUCACCACGACUCUGUCGUCAGGCUGGGAGCAAGGGGAGCGGGCAUUUAACGUCUCCUCUAAACUAUACUCCAAGUUUUCUUUAAGUUAUACCUUGAAACUUGUAAAACCAAACACCGGCGGGAUUAAUAUUUCCGAGUCUAAACCAAACACCGAUGAGAUUUAUAUUUCCGAGUCUAAACCAAACACCAUUGAGAUUAAUAUUUCCGAGUCUAAACCAAACACCGAUGAGAUUUAUAUUUCCGAGUCUAAAUCAGACACCGAUGAGAUUAAUAUUCCCGAGUCUAAACCAGACCCCGAUGAGAUUAAUAGUUCCGAGUCUAAACCAAACCCCGGCGAGAUUAAUAUUUCCGAGUCAAAACCAGACACCGACGAGAUAAAUAUUUCCGAGUCUAAGCCAGACACCGAUGAUGAGAUUAAUAUUCCCGAGUCUAAACCAGACCCCGAUGAGAUUAAUAGUUCCGAGUCUAAACCAGACCCCGAUGAGAUUAAUAGUUCCGAGUCUAAACCAAACGCCAUUGAGAUUAAUAUUUCCGAGUCAAAACCAGACACCGACGAGAUUAAUAUUUCCGAGUCUAAACCAGACACCGAUGAUGAGAUUAAUAUUUCAGUCUGGAACGCUUUUAAUUGUAUCAGACUAAACAACGCCAACGUGGUAUGGGUUUUGACCGCUAACGCAUCAGGAGGGAGCAUCGUAUCCAUGGAGACAUUCGUGGACACACGGACACGCAACGAUACCAAUGAACAAAACGCCAGUCCUAUCGCCGCUCUCCCACCGUACAUAGGUGUUACAUCUAGUACUGUAUCUAGUGUUACCUCCAGUGUUACCUCAAGUGUUACCUUCAGUGUUACCUCUAGUGUUACCUCCAGUGUUACAUCUAGUAUUGUAUCUAGUGUUACCUCUAGUGUUACCCUCAGUGUUACCUCUAGUGUUACCUCCAGUGUUACAUCUAGUACUGUAUCUAGAGUUACCUCCAGUGUUACCUCAAGUGUUACCUUCAGUGUUACCUCUAGUGUUACAUCUAGUACUGUAUCUAGUGUUACCUCCAUUGUUACCUCUAGUGCUACCACUAGUGGUACCUCUAGUGUUACCUCCCUUAAUACCUCUAAUGCUACUUCUAGUGUUACCCCCAGUGUUACCUACAGUGUUACCUCUAGUGUUACCUCAAGUGUUACCUCCAGUGUUAUAUUUAGUGUUACCUCUAGUGUUACCUCUAGAGCUACCUCUAGUGUUACCUCAAGUGUUACCUUCAGUGUUACCUCUAGUGUUACAUCUAGUACUGUAUCCAGUGUUACCUCCAUUGUUACCUCUAGUGUUACCUCUAGUGCUACCACUAGUGUUACCUCUAGUGUUACCUUUAGUGUUACCUCCCUUAAUACCUCUAUUGUUACCUCCAGUGUUACCUUUAGUGUUACCUCUAGUGUUACCUCCAGUGUUACCUUUAGUGUUACCUCUAGUGUUACCUCUAGUGCCACCUCUAGAGCUACCUCUAGUGUUACCUCAAGUGCCACCUCUAGAGCUACCUCUAGUGUUACCUCAAGUGUUACCUCAAGUGUUACCUCCAGUGUUACCUUUAGUGUUACCUCUAUUGUUACCUCCAGUGUUACCUCUAGUGUUACCUCCAGUGUUACCUUUAGUGUAACCUCUUGUGUUACCUCUAGUGCCACCUCUACUACCUCUAGUGUUACCUCAAGUGUUACCACUAGUGUUACCUCUAGUGUUACCUCCAGUGUUACCUCUAGUGUUACCUCCAGUGUUACCUUUAGUGUUACCUCUAGUGUUACCUCUAGUGCCACCUCUAGAGCUACCUCUAGUGUUACCUCAAGUGUUACCUUCAGUGUUACAUCUAGUGUUACCUUCAGUGUUACCUCCAGUGUUACCUCUAGUGUUACCUCUAGUGUUACCUUCAGUGUUACCUCUAGUGUUACCUCUAGUGUUACAUCCAGUGUUACCUCUAGUGUUACCUCAAGUGUUACCUUCAGUGUUACCUCUAGUGUUACAUCUAGUCCUGUAUCUAGUGUUACCUCCAGUGUUACCUCUAGUGGUACUUCUAGUCUUACCUCUAGUGUAACCUCCAGUGUUACCCCUAAUGUUACCUCUAGUGCUACCACUAGUGGUACCUCUAGUGUUACCUCCCUUAAUACCUCUAGUGUUACAUCUAGUACUGUAUCUAGUGUUACCUCCAGUGUUACCUCUAAUGUUACCUCCAGUGUAACCUUUAGUGUUACCUCUAGUGCUACCACUAGUGUUACCUCUAGUGUUACCUCCAGUGUUACCUCCAGUGUUACCUCUAGUGUCACCUCCAGUGUUACCUCCAGUGCUACCUCCAGUGUAACCUUUAGUGUUACCACUAGUGCUACCACUAGUGUUACCUCCAGUAUUACCUCUAGUAAUACCUCUAGUGCUACCCCUAGUGUUACCUCCAGUGUUACCUCUAGUGUUACCUCUAGUGUUACCUCCAGUGUUACCUCUAGUUUUACCUCCAGUGUAACCUCUAGUGUUACCUCCAGUGUUACCUCUAGUGUUACCUCUAGUGUUACCUCCAGUAUUACCUCUAGUAAUACCUCUAGUGCUACCUACAGUGUUACCUCUAGUGUUACCUCCAGUGUAACCUCCAGUGUUACCUCUAUUGUUACCUCUAGUGUUACAUCUAGUGUUACCUCUUGUGUUACCUCCAGUGUUACCUCUAUUGUUACAUCUAGUGUUACCUCCAGUGUAACCUCUAUUGUUACCUCUAGUGUUACCUCCAGUGUUACCUCUAGUGUUACCUCUAGUGUUACAUAUAGUGUUACAUCUAGUACUGUAUCUAGUGUUACCUCCAGUGUUACCUCUAGUGUUACCUCUAGUGUUACCUCUAGUGCUACCUCUAGUGUUACCUCCAGUGUUACCUCUUGUGUUACCUCCAGUGCUACCUCUAGUGUUACAUCUAGUACUGUAUCUAGUGUUACCUCUAGUGUUACCUCUAGUGCUACCUCUUGUGUUACCUUUUGUGUUACCUCAAGUGUAACCUCCAGUGUUACCUCUAGUGUUACCUCUAGUGUUACAUAUAGUGUUACCUCCAGUGUUACCUCUAGUGUUACCUCUAGUGCUACCUCAAGUGUUACCUCUAGUGUUACCUCCCUUAAUACCUCUAAUGUUACCUCUAGUGUUACCUCCAGUGUUACCUCUAGUGAUACCUCUAGUGUUACCUCCAGUGUUACCUUUAGUGUUACCUCUAGUGUUACCUCUAGUGCCACCUCUAGAGCUACCUCUAGUGUUACCUCAAGUGUUACCUCAAGUGUUACCUCCAGUGUUACUUUUAGUGUUACCUCUAUUGUUACCUUUAGUGUUACCUCUAGUGUUACCUCUAGUGCCACCUCUAUAACUACCUCUAGUGUUACCUCCAGUGUUACCUCCAGUGUUACCUCUAGUGUUACCUCUAGUGUUACCUCCAGUGUUACCUCUUGUGUUACCUCUAUUGUUACCUCCAGUGUUACCUCCAUUGUUACCUCUAGUGCUACCACUAGUGGUACCUCUAGUGUUACCUCCAGUGUUACCUCUAUUGUUACCUCUUAUGUUACCACAAGUGUAACCUCUAGUGUAACAUCUAGUGUUACCUCCAGGGUUUCCUCCAGUGUUACCUCUAGUGUUACCUCCAGGGUUUCCUCUAGUGGUACCUCUAGUGUUACCUCACUUAAUACCUCUAUUGUUACCUCAAGUGUUACCUCUAGUGUUACAUCUAGUGUUACCUCAAGUCUUACCUCUAGUUUAACAAUAACUAUUACUAAGGCUACCAGCUGUGUAAGUAACGUGCAGUUUGCAGCCCCGACCCUGCCAGACGAGCUGCAUGCCUCGUACUCCAUGUUCCCACAGCCAUUCCUGUUCGCCGCCUACCUAACGGUGCCUACACUCGGUGGAACAAAUUUCCUGUCAAGUCUACCAGCUGGAAUAGUGUCGCAGAGACUAGCAGACGAUCAGAAGCGACAGAAUGUUACACGACUGUACCUUACAUGGUUACCGGAGAGGCGUCAAAUGGGAGACAACUUGGCCUGCAUAUGGGGCAUGGACCAGUUUGGGACGACAACGUCACAGCGGUGUGUGGAUGCCUUAAUAUCAGACAUCACGUGCAGUGAUCAACCGUGCCUAAAUAACGCCACCUGUGUGGAUACCACCUCAUCGGUCACCUGUACUUGUCUUCCGGGGUUUUUCGGAGAUCGAUGUCAAAAGGAGAGCAACAUGUGUCUGUCUUUUCCCUGCCUGAACGGGGGAACCUGUCACAGUCAACACGGCACGUUCACGUGCACGUGUCCGAUACAGACCACAGGCGUCACGUGUCUCCAACAAUCAGUCAAGAAGAAGAGUGACCCUACACAGAAUUUGAAAAUCACCGUGGAUAGUGUGGUGCCGCAACAGCCUUGGAUCAUCCUAGCUAGCGUGCUCAGUGCUGUCCUGGGUACAGCCCUCCUUGGCUCGUGUUGUGUCUGGGGGCUGUCCAAAUUAUGGCCGCCAUUCAAAGGGGUUGUUGGAAACUCAUUGGACGAUACAUCAUCGCCAACAAAAAGCAAAGCCUCCCCUCAAACUCGUUCACGUGACAACCAAGACAGUCUCAGACGACCCGGAUCGUAUCUGCCGUUUUCGACGUCGUCCCCUAUUGGAAGUUACCUCAUGUCCUCUUCCUUGACUCCAACAGAACCAGGAUCGUCGGGAUCACCACACUACAAUAACAUCUACUCAUCCUCGUUGACAGAUCCUCUCAUGCACAAGUGUGGAAAACUGGUUAAUAAACCAAAUCUGUCAAUACAGAGACUUCAAAAAACUCAGCCAAAACUCCUACAACCACCCAGGCCAAUACAGAGGCUUCACAAAACUCAAACAAAACUCUUACAACCACCCAGGCUAAUACAGAGACUUCACAAAACUCAACCGAAACUCCUACAACCACCCAGGCCAAUACAGAGACUUCACAACCCUCAAAUAAAACUCUUACAACCACUCAGGUCAAUACAGAGACUCCACAAAACUCAGCCAAAACGUCUGCAACCACCCAGGUCAAUACAGAGACUUCACAAAACUCCAAAAAUCAUCCAGGUCAAUACAGAGACUUCACAAAACUCAGCCAAAACCCUUACAACCACCCAGGCCAAUACAGAGACUUCGCAAAACUCAGCCAAAACUCCUACAACCACCCAGGUCAAUACAGAGACUUCAAAAAACUCAGCCAAAUCUCCUACAACCACCCAGGCCAAUACAGAGACUUCACGAAACUCAACCGAAACUCCUACAACCACCCAGGCCAAUACAGAGACUUCAAAAAACUCAGCCAAAUCUCCUACAACCACCCAGGCCAAUACAGAGGCUUCACAAAACUCAAACAAAACUCUUACAACCACCCAGGCUAAUACAGAGACUUCACAACCCUCAAAUAAAACCCUUACAACCACCCAGGUCAAUACAGAGACUCCACAAAACUCAGCCAAAACGUCUGCAACCACCCAGGUCAAUACAGAGACUUCACAAAACUCCAAAAAUCAUCCAGGUCAAUACAGAGACUUCACAAAACUCAAACAAAACCCCUACAAUCCCCCAGGCCAAUACAGAGACUUCACAACACUCAAAUAA